AUGGAAAUAAUUUAUAAAGAUUUACGUCCUAUACUUCCUGACGAUACCCCUAAAUAUAUUACCGAAUUUGUUAACGCGUGUUGGAAUAAAAAUAGCAAUGAAAGACCUUCAGCAAGGGAUGCAUACAAUUUUCUUGAUAAAUUAAAAAAUAGUCUUGAGAACGACAUGAUCAAGGAUGUGGAUGAGGAAGGAAGUAAGGAAUUCAUUGAUUGCGUAAUUAAGUAUAGAGGUGAUGACGAAAAAAGAAAAAAUGGUACGCCGACAGGCAUAAAAUCCUCGGCGGUACAUCGUGAAGCACAUUAUAUUAGUCGAACCUUGGAUACUAUAAGUGAUUAUCCCAAAAGUCCGUUGAGAUCUUACAACUUUGCAGAUUCUAAGCAGCAUCAUCUGAAACUUUCAUAUGAUAUAAAUGAGUCGAGCCCGAAAGAGAAUGACAAAAAAGAGAUUCAAAUGGAUGUUGACACCAAGCCAG